AUGUCUGCCACCAACGGCCACACGUCCGAAGGGUCCCGUCUCAAAGACCCAUCGCUCUUCAACACGAAGAUCGUUGUCGGCUCGCGACGACUCGACUCGCACUCCAACAAAACCUUCGACGUCGUCUACCCGGGCGACGGCAAAACAGUCAUCGCCACCAUCCCCGAGUGCAACGCUCAAGACGUCAACGAUGCCGUCGCCUCCUGCCGCGAAACCUUCGCCACUUUCUCGCAGACCACCGCCCGUCAGCGUUCCGACAUGCUUCGCAAGCUCAACGACCUCACCCUCGCCAACAUCGACGACCUCGCCACGCUCAUCGUGCGCGAGAACGGAAAGACGCGGGCGGAGGCGGUUGCCGAGGUCAAGUAUGCGUCGAGCUUCCUGGCGUGGUUUGCGAACAUGGCCGAAAUCGGUGCUCAGGGGGAGACGAUCGCAGCUGCCAACCCGAACAUGCGGAUCCACACAAUGAGGCAGCCGAUUGGAGUGGUGGCGUGUCUGCUACCGUGGAACCUGCCGCUCGCGAUGGCGACGAGGAAGAUCGGACCGGCACUAGCAGCGGGAUGCACGUGCAUCGUCAAACCUGCCGGAGAGACUCCCCUGUCGACCCUGGCGUUUGCGGAGCUCGUCAAGAGAGCAGGUUAUCCAGAUGGCUGCGUCAACGUCGUCACCACCCUGGACAACGUCGCUGAAGUCGGCAAAGCGAUCUGCGAACACAAACACGUUCGCAAGGUUUCCUUGACCGGUUCCACGCGCGUUGGAAAAUUGAUCGCCAGUCAAUCCGCGGGGACGUUGAAGAAGCUGAGCAUGGAGUUGGGUGGAAACUCGCCCGUGAUCGUUAUGAACGAUGCCAAUCUGGACAAAGCGAUCGAAGGGGUGUUGAUGGCCAAGCUGCGUACUUCGGGACAGACGUGUGUUGCUGCCAACAGGAUCCUCGUGCAGAACGGAAUCCACGACAAGUUUCUUGCGGCGUUGAAGGAGAAGAUCGCCACGUACAAGCAGGGCGAUGGAGAAGACGACUCGGUCAAGCUCGGUCCCCUGAUCACGGCAAGAGCGGUGGAGAAGUGUCGUGCUCACGUCGAAGACGCCCUCUCGCACGGCGCCACUCUCGCCUACGGUCCCUCUCCACCCCCCACGCCUUCCUCCGGUGGAUUCUUCUACCCCCCGACCAUCCUUACCAACCUCACCUCCUCCAUGCUCAUCUCUUCCGAGGAGACUUUCGGCCCCGUAGUGGCCAUCCGUCGCUUCGAGACGGAAGAAGAAGCGCUCGAAAUCGCCAACGAUUCCGACGUCGGUCUAGGUGCAUACUUAUUCACGACCGACCUCCGAAUUGCCGCCAGGAUGACCGCAAAGAUCGAGACAGGCAUGGUCGGUGUCAAUACAGGCAUGUUGAGCGCAUGCGAGAGUCCAUUCGGCGGCGUCAAGGAAUCCGGCUUCGGUAGAGAGGGCAGCAAGUGGGGUAUGGAAGAGUAUCAGAUCAUCAAGGCUGUCACCACAGAUAUCUCAUAA